AUGCAGCUGAAAAUAGCAGACUUUGGAAAUGCUCGAAUUAUCAACUAUGACGUCCCGCAUAUUUCCUAUCAGGUAACGCGUUAUUACCGGCCACCCGAGUUGCUCUUCGGCUCUCGGCGUUUCACCUGUGGGAUAGACGUUUGGUCGGCUGGUUGUGUGAUGGCCGAGAUGGCGACGGGAAAAGUCCUGUUCCGCGCAACCAGCACAAAACUUCAAGCUAAUUUGCUGGUCGCGGUGCUCGGCUACCCGAGUGAAGAUGAUUUAAAGACGAUGAACGUUGGCAGACCGCGCGUCCGGAAGGGCAAUAAACUCGGUUUGCUGAAGCACCUCCCACAGAUCCCGAAGGACAUGGUGCCCCUUCUCGAAAGGAUCCUCGUCUAUAGCUUGAAACAACGGAUCCCCGCCCAUAAGAUCUUGUCGCAUCCCUUUUUCUCUGACUUGAAGGGGUUGAAGCGGCCAGACGAUUCCGCACCUGAUUUCGGAUUUGACAUUGAAGAGCAGGCUACGCAAUACGAUGAGGACAUGCCC